GUAACAUGGCCCGACAUUGUUUUGUAGUAGUGUAAAAGUAUCAGGCAGGGAUGGCGAAGAAAUCUGAAAUGCAUUCUGAAUUCUAGAAAUGGUCUCUGAGGAGAGAGAACUGAGCAAUUUGUGGCAGAAACCAAGUAUUCAUUCAAAAGCACAUUAUCAAAACACAAUGAAAGAUUUUGUUCUGUCUUUGCUGAGUCGUGGACAUGGUCAAGUUGUGCCAGAUCAAGAUGGCCAUUAUGGAAGGCUGGAGGUCUGCUUUGAACCAGAGGAUUACUUUAACUGGAAAACCCAGCCUACACUGCUUCGUCUUACCAGUAGUGGUCGAUUUCUUGGAGGCAUGGAGCCAGUGCCCCCUAAGACCUACAGUACACGGAGAGGGCCUCUUAUACUUUAUUCAGAGGAUCUUGCCCUGUCAUACCAAUCUGGCCAGGUUAACAGGAAAAGAAAGGCUCCUAGCUGCCCUAAACAGGAAUUGGAGAAUCAGCUGCACACACUGCAGGACCUAACUGGAGCUAUUUUGGCUUAUGGAAAAAAGCAGUCAAAAGUUGUAUCUCUUGCUGGUGUAACACACCCAUUAUUACCAGAUCCUAAACAUGCCUCCAAGCACAUCCACCUGCAUCAGAGAACUGCAGAGAAGUCCUAUAAUUCAAGUCAGGUUAAAGCAGUGAUAGGUGGAGAGGUCAGAUACCAGCCACGAUUCCUCAGUUCACCUCGGCCCAACAGGGCACCCCUGGGCCCUCUACCCCCCAUAACUGAGGGUUUGGUACAUAUACAAAGCCAGGAGAAAGCUGCUCAUCUGACAAAAGAUGAACAAAUGGCCUUUAAGACAAAAUAUCACAAAGACCAAAAGAAGCUAAAAGAGAAGAAAAAACUAAGUCUCAGGAUAGAGGUUGACACAUGCAGACCUCAGAUGAGUCCCAUCCCUGAGACAGAGCCUACUCAAGCAGACACUACAGAUCAGACUGAAGAUCAAACAGAUCUAAAUGGUCAUGGGAAACGUAGUCUGAUAGAGAUUGGAAAUGGUGUUGGAGAGACGUGCACUCUGAAGUCAGUGUAUGUGGACCCCUCUUUGGAAAACAGCCCACUCUCACGGAUCAACUACUACGGUGGAUACAUGGAGGGAUUCCGCCAGAUGAGACAUUGUGGCGGUGAAACUUUUGUAAGGAGAGUGAACACAGAAACGGAUUACAGCUCCAACAUCUUCCACCUACCUUCCAUUAACCAGAGCCCACUGGUCAACUCAGGCUCUGACAGCAUUUUAACAAUGAAUAAACCGGAAAUAAAAGAAAUGGUGAGCUGUAAGAAUACACUGCAACGAGAACUACAUGUACAUCUCCCCGACAUCAAAUUGGGAACUACGCAAGAAAACCACUCAGAGAGAGGCAUACACAGGAAAGUGCUGGUCCUUCUUCCUCCACAAACAGAGCAUAUAGAGACUCAUCAACCAGAUGAUGCCAUGCAUGGGACCCCUGUUGAAGACAGUGAGCUAUAUGGUGAUGUGGAGCAUACAGAGAGGCUGGCCCAAAGAGAAAAGGAUCCUUUCACUGACAGCAAGUUCAGUAUUAUAGAGAUGGACCCGGGUCAUGUCAUUGGGUCUGAUGCUCUAGGGACAGAUCAACAUCUGCCCCAAGGUCCAUUGCCCCCCCUGGUGGGCCGGAGGGGUCCAGGUAAACAGAGCUCCAUGGCGGUCUACAGACAGAACCUUCAUGAACCUGCCGACACAACAGAACCACAGACAGGAAACACAAGAGGCUGUCUUCCUCUGGAGUUGAGAGAAUGGCAGGGAGGCAAAGCGGUUGGCACUUUAAUAAUGGGUCCUGAAGGUGAAAUCAUACGCUUGUCUCUCUGGGAUCCCACAGUUGACUCUGAGGACCACCCAAUAAUGGGUGAUGUCACACAAGGUCAUGUUCUCAAGCUUUUGACUUCCGAGGGAGACCUGAAACAGCCUUGGGAAGUCUUUUUACAGGACCACGCCACAGACAAAGGGGAAGUCGCCACAUGUAAUCCGGAAGCAACUACUUCUAAAAAGGCACAGCUUUACUCUAGCCAUGAGUUCAAUAAACCUGCAGAGCAGAUUUAUGCCAGGAAGAGACAGGAUUCUUUAGGUUCCUACAAUACAAAAAUGCAGGACACACAGAUAAACAACCAUGCAGAGACUUGUGACGAGGAGGAGGAGGACGACGAUUGUUUCAGCUCUGAGAGCGAAAUCACUGACAAAUCAAAGGGGUUUACAGUGAAUGCACAUGCAAAACAGAAUGCAGAGGAUGAUGAGGAUCAUUUAGGCUCCGACAAUGAAAUAAAUCAGGAGACACAUGUGUUUAAGAUCAAUUCCCAUGCAAAGCACACUAAAGCCAAAAGGAAAGAGGACUGUUUAGGCUCCGACAGUAUUAUAAUUCAGGAGACACAGGUUUUUAAGGUCAAUUCCCAUGCAAAGCAAACAAAAGCCAAGAGAAAGGAGGACUCUUUAGGUUCUGUCAAUAAAAUAAUAGAGGAGACACAGGUAUUUUUACCUGAGGAGAGAUUAGAGGAACUGAACAGCUCUACAACUCACCAGCCCAGCAGAACAGGGGAGGGGGCCACUGGAGUGCAAAGAAGCAGAAAAGUGAAGGCAUCAACUUUACAGCCGGAAACGGGGGUGACACCUGGGUCAUGGAAGUCCAAAGGUGCAGCGCCUGCUAUCAGUCCUAAAUCAACACAUUUCACUACCCAAGCACAUUCACCAGGGGAGUCGACAGAAAUUCAGACAGGAUUACCAUUGGAGGCAGACAAUAACAGCAAGGGUCAUUACAAGAGCAGAGGUGGAACAGAAGAUGCUGAACACCCACGGUUGGAGAAAAUAAAGAAAAAUAUAAAAGUUAAUAAGCACAUAAGCAAAUCAAAGGGAAAGACAGUUCAAAUUCGUACAAAGGUUGAGGGCCAGAACACCAGGGUCGUUGACGAUAUCCCUUCUACUGCAAAGCAAAAGAAAAAGAAAUCAAAAGAAGAUACUGAGAAAGAAAUGAACACCAAGGUCCCUGACAACAUCACUGCUAGCCCAAAGCAAAAAAAAAAGAAAUCAAAAGAAGAGACUGAGAAAGAAAAGGAAGGGCCUACAAAAUCUCACAACCCAAGAGUUAAAGAUAAAAAGAAAAAAGGUCAACCAGCAUUUGUUGUUGGAAAACCUCAGCGACAGGAAGUAGAAUGGAUAGCAAAUAAACAGGAUGAGCCUGAGAGACCCAUGAUCCAUGAGAGACAGGUGAUGACGCCCAAGGACAAAGAGGAUGACAAGCUAGAGAACAGUAGCUCGCAGGAUAACACCUAUAUUGACUCUGACAACGACAUGGGUGCUGAUACAGACUCAGAGAGCACAGAGACAUGUGAAGAAGAGGAUUCUCCCAGAUCAGUGUACAGCAUUCACAGAUCCCAGCACUCACAUGUUACAGCACUAUCAGAUCCCAGCACUCACAGACUCUCACAGAACUCUCACAGAUCCACCUCAAUGGGGGUGGCGGCCCACUGCAGCCCGUGUAGCAAUGCAGCCCUUUCUCUCAUCCAUAUGCCCUCUCAGCCAGCACACCAUCCUGCCUCAAACCCAACCAAAUCUGAGUCAUGCAAUGAUGUUAAAAGCAGUGAGGAGCCAGUUAACAAAAUAGACAGAAAGGCUGCAGCACUAGCUGAGAAGGCAGAGCGCCGUCGUGAGGAGGUGGAGAGGAAACGGAAGGAGAGAGAGGAGGAAAAGAAGAGACAGCAAGAAAAAGAGGCAAGAGAAGAGAGGAUGAGAAUUGAGCUGGAAGAAGAACAGAGGAGGAGAGCAGAGGAAGCGAGGUUACAGAAGAUUAAAGAAGAGGAGGAGAGGCGGAGAAGACAAGAAGAGGAUACGGAGAGGCAGAGGAGAGAGCAGGCAGAGAAAGAGCGAGAAAGAAGACGACAGGAGGAGAAGAGGAGACUGCUGGAACGACUCCAGAGAGAAAGACAAGAGGAGGAGAAGCGGCAGGCUGCUGAACUGGAACGUCAGCGUUUGGAGGAGGAAGCUCUGAAGGAGGAGGAAUGCAGGAAGCUGUCAGAGAUGGAGGAGGUUGACAGACUGGAGUACCUUCGCAGACAGAAGGAGGAAGAGGAGCAGAGAAGGAAGGCUGCAGAGGAGAGGAAGAGGAAGGAGGAGGACGCAGCGAAGCAUGCUGAAGAGGAGGCCAGAUUGCAGGCUGAACUAUUUGCCAGGCAGAGGGCAGCACUGGAGCAGCACUUAAAGUUCCACAGAGGUCUGUUUGUGGAGGCUGGGGGGCUGGAGCAGACUCAGGAUAUCUCUCGUCCUUGGGUUUUCUCCUAUUUUACUCUGCUGAAGCUGCUUGGCUUAGCUGAACCCACAUCUACUGAUGAGGACACACUCUAAGAUGCACUGUGAUUUUCUCAUAUUAAGCCAAUUCCCACAUCCAAACUGUUUUUCCUCUAAUGGGUUAAUAAUCAUUGUCACUUUGUCAUUAAGUCUGUAUCUCAGCCUUAAGUUGCUCUAACUGAAACUGUAUUUUCUUUGUGCUUUUAAAAUGAAAGGUUCACCAUUAAUACACACAGACAUCCACGAAGUCCAUGUAUUUAAACUAAUCUACAGCAAUGUGUAGUUCAGAAAUCUACAUUGCAAAUGUGAACCUCUCACAUACAGUAUUCAUCAACUUGGCCCACCCAGUAGUAGUGAAGCAAGUAGGAUACUAUUAUUUGUAUUAUAGAUGUUUUUCAUGAUCACCCGAAAAGAACUGUGGGUUUGAACUCCUGCGUCCGAAACCACAUCCUGUCAAUGUACUGUAUUUGAUGAGAAACGCACUUCUCGGCCGGUUAAAUAGUAUGCAAGAGGCAGUACGAACAAAAUUCGGUCGUACUAACAUCCGGGAAUGUACACAUGGUCCCGUGACCAAAAUAUAUAAUGUGACGACAACAACAACAACCAUGAAAAUGAUCCACUCAAGUUCGGUUAACAAGCAGCAAGACAAUGAGCAACGUUUUUUGUGUAUACAGCAUUUACUGUUAAAAACAGCCUUCUGCCCCGCAGUUCUCUGCCAUUUCUUUUAAAUCCAGCGUUUGAACGUCUCCUCAGUUCCCAAUGCAUUGUGGGAUAGGAAAGUGUUCAACCGAUCCAUACUUCGGAUUCCCGCCGGAAGUAGUAGGUCAUCCUUGUAUUUUUUGCUUACUGUCUUAUGAAUACUAUGGAUUCGGACAUACUACUCCACUAGCAUACUGUUUUUGGCACAAUAUAUAGGGAAGUAUGGAUAUUCAGACGCAGAAUGCUCAGGUUAGCAGUUUGAAUCAGAUUCACUUUCUCAGCGAAUCAGCAGUCAGUGAGCUCACAACUGGGAGCGCAGACAUUUCAAAAUAAGAGUCCGGUGUGUAUUUCGGGCUUUUUUGUGUGUGUGUGUGUGUGUGUGUAUUUCGAGUUUGCACUCUUGUAGUCUCUGUGUUUGGCCCAUCCGGUAACAGUCAAGAAAGACCAAGGCAAUAUUUUAAAACAAUUUAAAAAAAAAUUAUAUAUAUUUACAUAUUAAUUGUUUUUACUUGCCAUUAUAUCAAACACUGCUGAAAGCAAUUUGGUUAUAAAAUGAAGCUCUUUGUGUUUGUUAUUGAGUUGCCACAGUAUGCAACAGAUACUGUAAGGCUAUACAAUGCUUGAAUUAACCAAAAAAACUGAAGAUUUCAUACAAAGGUGUACACUUAAAGUCUUCAAAGACAAAGGACAACUGGCUUUAACAAGGACAGAAAGAGAUGUGGAAGGCCAGAUGUACUAAACAAGAGGAUAAGUACAUCAGAGUCUCUAGUUUGAGAAAUAGACGCCUCACAUGUCCUCAGCUGACAGCUUCAUUGAAUUCUACCCGCUCAACACCAGUUUCAUGUGCAACAGUAAAGAGAAGACUCAGGGGUGCAGGACUUAUGGGAAGAAUUGCAAAGAAAAAGCCACUUUUGAAACAGAAAAUCAAAAAGAAAAGGUUAGAGUGGGCAAAGAAACACAGACAUUGGACAACAGAUAAUUGGAAAAGAGUGUUAUUGAUCUUGACCCCCCUUUUAUGGGAUCAGCUAGACUGUAAGGUGUGUGAGAAGUGCCCGACAAGACAGCCACAUCAAAGAUGGUGUCGAAGGCCAUCCUGACUCCAAACUACCACUGAACAGUUUCAAACCUGAAAUCAAAUCAGUUUGUAACUUUGUUCUUCCAACACAUUGGCCAUAUGUGGUAAAGCCUUUAUCUGCCAUACAAUUAUUAAGCAUAGCCUACAAGUCAGACAGUAGUUCCUGGUUUUGCACCUUAUUUGCAGCAGCACCGUCUUUGAUAUUUGAAGGGAAUUAAACAUUCAAAUAAAGAUCAGGGGCUUGGUACAAUACAUCAGGCGCUUCCGAAGCCUCUCAUCUCAGUUACAGUAAUCCCCCUGGUUGUUACAGAGUAGUCAGGUACUGUGAAAUGUUGGCUACAUGUGUACAUGCUCCUCUUUAAAACCAAACAAUUCUGACACAAUUUGUUUCCGCUAGAAAAUUAUGUCACAUCCAGGAUAGCAUGAUCACAAGGGAACUCAACAUUGCUUCUAAAGUUUAAUGUACUCUGAUAUCAACCCAAUAAAUUGCACCAUCCCCAUCACACAUUUUUUAAUAAAUUCAAAUGUGAACACAUUUCUCUAUAGAUCUACUAAUAGCAUGUUGUGCUAACAACCUCUCAGACAGGUUCUGGUCCUGUGGAAACCAGGAAGUAAUUACAUUCACAUAAACAAUGGUGAGUACUUACGCUUAGUAGGUUCCAUUUUAACUCAAAAAUGAUAUUGUUUACUCCAGACUUUUAGGAUUGGGGUUUGGGGAUAUAGUUAAUAAAAUAUGCAUUUAUGUUAACUGUAUUGCACCAUGUACAACUAAAAAUACAACUUGCUUUUGGAACUACUUUGAGGGCAUUUCACCUGGAAACUGAAGCUUGCAUGUGCCCAUUUGUGUACAAAUACUUCCAGCUUCUGUAGCUGGGGGACAGUAAUUCGAAUUUUGGUAAGCACAGACCAAGUUCUAUUGUUGCUAUGCUCACAGUGUGCUUUGUCCAUGGAGGUUAAAAUAAUUUUCUGCAAGAGUACUGUAAUGUAAACCACUGGUCAGAAAAUUGACAACAUGUAUGUUUCUAUGAUAUUAAUACGUGAUCUUCAGUCUUAUACAUAAAUACUUAAUUUUGUUUUCUAGGCAAAUAUAAAUUGUGCCUAAAUAUGAAUUUAUUUAUAAAACUAUAUACAUAUAAAAAAGUCACUUUAUAAUUUUCAUACAUCAGUUUAUUUCAAUGAAUUUACAUUUAUUCUAAAAUGUUGUAAAUAAUAAUGACUUGCCCAAACCUUUAAAUGUAGUAUAAUUAAUUUCAUAUAGUCACUUUGCAUAGAAGCCUUUAAAGGUUUUACAUUCUAUUAAACCUAAUAAUAAUGUGAUAUUAUCUUCUCAAUUGCAGAUAACAGCGUAGAUUAGAAAUUGUGACAAACACUCAUAAAUACGUAAAGAUACUCUUUUACAGGAAAAAGUUUGAAAAAUUGUCACUGUGUGGAAAAACAAAUGACUUUUGAAAUACAGGACUAUUCGCUUUAUAUAUUUCAUUUGUCGCUUUGGACUUUAACAAGCUAUAUCUUUUCCUCCAGUCAGCAGCACAAUAAAUUAAAAAAAGAAAAAAAACAUGGAAAGCUUGAGAGCAUGAGAACUUGAAAAACAAAAAAGCAGUGUUGUAGUCAAGACCAGCUCAUCCAAGUCCAACUCCAGUCCGAGACCAGAGUAGGUGGAGUUUGAGCCAAGACCGGAGUAGGCCGAGUCCAAGUCGAGACCUGUAAAGGCUGAGUCUAAGACAAGAGUUUUUAAUUAAUCUAUUAAAUGUAUAGUUUAAAGAACUAUUUACUCUAUGAGCAUGUAUAAAAUAAACCUCAUUUAUUAUUUUAAUAAGCUUAUGUUGGUUAAACAAUAUUACCAGUUGAGAUUAAAAAUUAAAUAAAUCACACAUCCUAAGUUAAGUGAACAAAUUUGUUUUACAAUUACAACAUGUAUGUGUUAACAUAAUGUCAGUGAAAAACUAAAAUGAAAGGUUCAAAGUGCCUAUGUGGCUUUCCAUUCAAGUCAAGUAAACAUUUCUGCUGUACAAAAUACAGCAUUACUGUACUAUAACUAAAAUGAGCCCAAAUUCAAUUUGUUAAAGGUGCGGUAUGUAAGAUUCAGAAACCCUUGUUAUU